GAAUUUCGUUUAGCCAUUUUAGGUUGAGCUGCCGAUUAGUUCAUGAGCUGAAAUUAAGCUCGGAAGGAGAAGAGGGAAGAAGAGAGUGGGAGGGAAAGGUCCUGAGUGAAGUUAGACCACUAAAUCAACAUCUCGGUCUUAAGCCACGCGCUUGUCUUCGGUGUUAGCUGUAUUGGUUUCGCUAAAAUUUUGCCUAAUCUAGAGUUGUCGAUCACACGCACACGGAAUCAAAUUUAAUGUUUGGAAUCAGCAUAUCUAGUGGUCACGAGACGCCCGAUUUGAGUAAUCAAGUUGCAUUUGCCGAUAAGACGCCCGGGGGUUUCUCUAUAUGUGGAUUUUUUUGUGGUGGAACCGGCACACGGAGAGAGGUCCAUCGGAUGAAUAGUUCCCUUUGGCAUAAUUUUCAUUUCCAAGAGGAACUAUGAGGUUUAAGAGUCGUGCGAGCAAGGGACAAACUUCCAUUAACAAGGGAGGUGGAGAUGAAGGCACAUCUAGUCAGUCGCAAGGGGAAUACGCUCUGGGGAGCUUGAUAUGGAUCAAGCUCAGAAGUAAUUCAUGGUGGCCUGCACAGGUUGUUGAUGAGAACGUUGUAAGCGAGGUCAAUAAACCUGCUGGUAGAUCACCCGUUGAUGUUCUUGUUCGAAUCUAUGGAAGCUAUCAAUAUGUGUAUGCAGACCUUACUAAAUGCCUUUCUGAGUUUGAAACAGUGCUCCGGCAAAACAAUGGUAGUUACCUAGAUAUAUUUCAGAGAGCUCUUGAGCAGGAUGUUCUUAUAUCAAAAGCUGGUGGAUCAAAGGGAGGAGGAUCUAAACGUAAAGGGGCAGCAAAGGCCAGAACUGGUGCUUCUAAAAACAUACGGCCGAGUCGAAGACCAGCACGAGGAAAUCUGGAUGUACAAGAUACACCUAAUUUACUCCAGGGUAAGCAAGCAGCAGCUGCUACACCAGAAACAAAGGCAAAACGCAAAGGUAGAACUUCUAGAAAAGAUAAGCAAGACGGCACUUCUAAUGAACCAGAAGGAACAGGUACCUUAGAAAUCGAACAGGAAAGUGUAUCAGGUAGACUCAAGUCGCACAAACGAACAGCUGCAGAGAAAACAAAGGUAGGAAUUUCUCGGCAAGCACCAGCUAACCCCGAGCAAGAUGGGCAUCAGAAGGCACACUUGCCGAGCAAAGGUCGAAUAUCUAAAAAGGAGGAGAAAGCAACUGCUGAGAAUGACGAGGGGCAGAAGAAACGCAGGUUGAGCACUCUCUACGCUGAUGAGAGAUUAAAAGACAAACAACCUGAGCAAGAGAAGCCAGACAGCAAGAAGGCGAAGAUGUCAAGCGCCAAGAAGGAAGGUAAAUCAGAAGUGCCAAAAUUAGCCGAGUCGGUGAAGAAAGAGAAGCCAGUAAGCCCAACUCGUACGGGUUUGCUCUUGGUUUGCUUCAUUCAGGCGCCAAAGUUGCUCGCAAAACCCGAAGAGCUUAGGACGCGGAGAUUGAAAGUGAUGAAGACUCUAGGAUUAAUUGGGCCCUCAGGUUCACCAUUUCACAGAAACGGUCAGAUCAUAGUUGUAGAUUGAUAAAUAACUGCUGGAAACGAGUUACUUUUGUCAUUGUAAUUGCAUGAGUUCCAUCCCCUAAACAGGAAACUCAAUUCUACAAAUUCGUUGAACUCUUUUGGGGUGUAGAGUGUUGCUGCUGAUGCGAUCUAUCUUUAAAGGCGGUUGGUUGAUUCUGUAAAAAUGACGAGUUUACUUCAUAUUGGUGUUUGUAUGGAAUUUUACAAACCCUGGUUGGAUC